AAGGAAACGGAUUGUUUGUUAACAGAGGCAACUUCAACCGCCUAUGUUUCUUUCUUCUUUCUUCUUGCCUUCUUCCUUAUUGAAAUCGAAAACUCUCAAUGGGUUCUACAACUCGAGAUCUCUCCUUCCUCGUCAUCGCUCUCUUUGCUUCGAUCCUGUUCCUUCAGAUUUCAUCGUUACCGGAUCCGUCUUUUUACGAUUACCUCCGGGAGAGCAACCUCCCCGCCGGUAUAGUUCCUAAGGGAGUUACUAAUUUCUCGAUCGACGUAAAUACGGGGCGUUUCACUGUCGCGCUCCCUGUCCCAUGCGAUGCUAAAUUCGAGAACCAGUUCCACUUCGACAACAACAUCUCCGGCGUACUCUCCGAUGGACGGAUCGGGAAUUUGUCUGGUGUGACGCAGAAGGAGCUUUUCCUUUGGUUUGCUGUCAAGGGGAUACAUGUUGAUCCGGAGAGCUCUGGGUUGAUCCACUUCGAUGUUGGUGUUGCUGAUAAGCAGCUUUCUCUCUCCCUCUUCGAGUCUCCUCGAGAUUGUACUGCUGCGGCGGAAUUUAAACCCCGUGAUUUCGAGAUGCAAACUGAAGAUACUCAAUCGACAAUGCAGAAGCGAUCCGAAGAUAUCCAAUCGAUCUUUGGACUAGGAAGAAACCGUUGGACAAUACCAUCAUAGGUUUAUUUUUGAUCGAGGCGUAGAAGGAAAAUGCUAAUUCCCCUGGUGAUGUCUUGUGUGUAUGGUGGUGACUUGUAAAAAGUUUGGCUUGUAGUUGUUUUUUUUUUUGGUGGUGUGUUAUAUACCAUAUCAUAUAGUAUCAACAGAGUAUAAGCUUUCAAUAACUGCAAUAGACUAAACUUAGGAGGUAUGGAUAACGUUUGGUUUUGCCUUUAAAGAUGAUUAGGGGUUAUAAGACAUAUAUAUACAUAUAUGCUUGUGGAAUUUUCAUGAGAUAUGUUUUGUUA